GUUUCACGGGUCUGCGCCGCUGUGUUGUGGAGGUGUUUACUUUUGGUGAAGGUCUCUCCUCUGUCGUAAAAUAACGGCGAGUAAAUGAAGUUACUCCAGUGAGCGUUAUAAGAAGAGGACAUUACUCGAUACAAAUAAGGCAGGACAAGGACAUACCGUCUGUGAGCAUGGCCCGACCUCUCCGGGUCCUCUCCCUCCUCUCCAGACUCGGUGCUCUGUCAGUGACUCCCACAAACAGCAGUCGGUUUGCAAGCAGGGGUGCCAGCGGGUCGUGGGCGGGUCAGAGCCAUGUGCCAAGAGACAGGGCAUCAAACAGAGCUCCGAGAUACAGCGAUGAGAUGUCCGAUGAGGAAUUUGGACUGGAGGAUGUAGAAGACAAGCUCCAGGCCGUGGUUGAGCAAGAGAGGAAGAAGCAGAGGACCGUGAAGUAUCAUAUACUGAGGAGGCAGAUGACUCCACGAGGAGCUCCACAGAGGAAGCUAACCUGGGAUGCUAUUGAGCAAAUCAGAUAUCUGAAGCAAGAGCAACCAGAGGAGUGGACCGUAGAGCGUCUGGCUGAGGGCUUCUCUGUUACCCCCGAUGUCAUCCUGAGGGUCCUCCGGAGCAAGUUUGUCCCUGUCCCUGAAAGAAAAGCCAUGCAGGAUGCUAAAGUAAUGGCUGGACUGAGUCAGCAGGUGCUGCCUUCAGGUGCUGGGGCAGGGCAGGGCAGGCUGAAGCUGCCUGAGAACCGUACACCGGCCACACUCUCAUCUGGAAAGAGAGGAGGUGCUUUAAUCUCCGUGGCCGACCAGACUCUGAUGAUUCAAGGGGAAAGCUCGGGAUCCCUGGCCAAGAGUCCUGCCCCUGUUACUCAUUUCACAGCUGGUAUUAGCAGAGAUACCACAGUGACAAGAUCAACAGAAGAAGACACAAAUCCAACAGAGGAGGACACAGAGGAAGAGGAGAGCUGGGAUGGACAGGUAUUGACAGAGGAACAAGUUGAGGAGUUUAUGAAAAUGGAGAAGCCUGCUCCCAUGGUGCAAGUUGGGAAUGAUUUCUUUGAUGGAGAGGGCAACUUUUUAUAUAGAAUCUGAGGACUUUUUGUAUGAAUCAUUUCUGUAAAGGCCGUACGCAGGCAUAAUGGAAAAAAGGCUAACAAAUAAAAAGUAUUCUUUUGCAUCAUA